AUGUCUGAUGUAGAUUUGCAAGAAAGAUUAGCACGACAUCGUGGUUUCACAAUCAAAGCUCGUGAAGUGCUAUUAGAACCACCAGCGCCGUUUGCAGUUGUGACAGAUACCUCAGGAAAUUCAUCGGAUGAAUUCAGUAAUCCAAAAUUAGCUCAUCGUGGAUUUACGGCAAAAGCACGUGAAAUGCUUGUAGAAAGACAAACACAUGACAAUACACAUAGCUCAAAAUCAUUCUUUGAAGUAAUUCGACCGGAUUUCGAUAUAUGCCACAAUAAGCAACAAUCACAUUCAAAUCAUGCAAUCCUUGAUAAUUUACCUGUGCAACAGGCAAAUAUCGGAUACGAAAAGAAAGAGAUUUUAGUUCCACAUUCCAAAUUGUCACGAAUCAAAGCCCAUAAAUUGCUUGGUGAAACUGGGAAAACUCGAUCAGCUAACGAAAUUUUCUACGAUCAAUGUAUGAAACGAGUGCGAAAUCCAUCAUUACGCUGUGAUUUGCUAUCUGCAGGUUCUUCAAAUGGAAAUCUCGCUGUAGGAUGUCCAGAUUCACAACGAAGUGAUACUUCUGAAACAGCUAAAAUGAUCUAUACGACGUUUAGCGAGAUUCAACUAAAUGUCGACGAAAAAGAAGAAAAUCAGUAG